AUGGCCAACCACCAUCCUUCUCCCACAAUGAUGCAGCUGCAGCAACAGCAACAGCAUCAGGCCCCGGUGGCACCGCCUCAGAGCGUCCCGCCGGGCCACUUUGCGCCGUCGCAUCAGAUUGCUGCCAUGAACGAGGCAGUCUGGCUGCAGAUUGGGAGCUUCUCAGAGUUGCUGCGCGUUCCGGACGAGGCCAUGCACGCCUACGAGCGAGCCCUGCAGGCCAACCCAAACUCAACGGCAGCCAUGAAUGCCAUCGGCAUGCUUCUCAAAGGUCGCGAGGCCUUCGACAAGGCUCUUGAGUUCUUCCGCGCCAUUGUGCAGCUGGAACAGAACAAUGGCGAAGCUUGGGGCAAUCUAGGCCACUGUUACCUUAUGACGGAAAACCUUCAAAAGGCCUAUGACGCUUACCAGCAAGCCCUUGUCAACCUUCGGGAUCCAAAGGACCCUAUGCUUUGGUAUGGCAUUGGUAUUCUUUAUGAUCGCUACGGCAGCUACGACUACGCCGAGGAGGCCUUUUCUCAGGUUAUGCAGAUCCAACCCGAUUUUGAGAAGGCCAAUGAGAUUUACUUUCGCCUUGGUAUCAUAUACAAACAGCAGUCAAAAUUCAAUCAAAGUCUUGAUUGUUUCAAGUAUAUUGUCAAUUCGCCUCCCGGCCCCUUGACGCAGGAGGACAUUUGGUUCCAGAUUGGCCACGUCCACGAGCAACAAAAAGACUUCGACAGCGCUAAAGCGGCUUAUCAGCGCGUCCUCGACCACUCUCCCAACCACGCCAAGGUUCUGCAGCAACUUGGUUGGCUACACCACCAGCAAGACACCUCGUACGAUACUCAAGACCGGGCUAUCCAGUAUCUGGAGAAGUCCGUCUCGGCCGAUAAUCAAGAUGCCCAAAGCUGGUACCUGUUGGGUCGUUGCUACAUGGCCCAGCAGAAAUAUCCCAAGGCCUAUGAAGCGUACCAGCAGGCCGUGUACCGUGAUGGAAAGAACCCGACUUUUUGGUGCUCUAUUGGUGUGUUGUAUUACCAGAUCAAUCAGUAUCGCGAUGCGCUCGACGCCUACUCCCGUGCCAUCCGCCUCAAUCCUUAUAUUUCGGAGGUCUGGUAUGACCUUGGCACCCUGUAUGAAUCUUGCAAUAACCAAAUUGCCGACGCUCUGGAUGCCUAUCAAAGAGCCGCAGAGCUUGACCCUGGCAACCCACACAUCAAGGCCCGCUUACAGCUCCUCCGGUCCGGCGGCAGCAACGGCAGCGGGCAGGCUCCCGCACCUCAACCGGCAGAUGUGCACCCUCAAGCGUAUCAGGCUGCCGGUCCGUCCGGCCCAGUUGGACCACAAUGGGGUGGUUCAGCGCAGCAGCCUCCCGCUGGCGGUCCUCCCCCAGCACCUGCUGGCGCCGGUGAUAACUGGGCUGGCAGACUUUCCAAUGUCAACCCGCCACCACAACCUCCGAAUCCAUAUGAGAACCGAGGAGAGCCUUUCAGAGGGCCUCCCCCACCGCCUCAACGCCAGCUCAGUCCUCAACAGGACCAGAUGCGACAAGGAGGAUACUCUGAGCCCCGAGGUGCUGCUCCCCCGGGCCCAUCCCGCCGCGGACCUUCACCAGCACCUGGUGGCCAUCAGUACGGGCAGCCUCCUCCUCCCCCUCCGUCGCAGGGUCCUGAUCGACGAGUUGCCAAUCCCAACUGGGGAGGCCCUCCUCCGUCAUCUGGGGGCCCUCCAUCAAAUAGUGCCAACGGAGCCAAUGCACCCUCCAACGGUGCCGCUCCUUUCAGACCAACCAGCAGUCCCCGAGGCGAGGUUAGGCCACACGACAGUCGGAUGCCAUCCCCCAAGACGGCUUACCCUCAGCACCCGGGUGCUUCGAGCUACCCUCCUCACCAUCCUGAGGGCCCCCCUCCAAGUGUUUCUGAAAAUGGCCCCCCUCCUCCCGGCGCCGUUCCUGAUGCCGCUGUCCAGCGUUCUGACGACCGUCCCCCAUCUGUCGGACCCAAGCGCAUGCGCGAGUGGGAGGAAGAGUCCGUUGCCAAGAAGCAAGCCAACGAGGAGAAUCGCGCUCGUCUGGAUGACAUGAGACACCGGCGACCCUCGACCCCUCCCCGCGACGCCUACCGACGCAAUUCUAAUGAAGUCCGCCGCUCGGAUGAACAGCGUCGCCCGGAUGAGCCUAAGAAAGAGGAGGCUCGUCCUCAAAGUGACGGCUAUCAUCCUUCUGAGGCUGCUCACCACCCCCAGAAUCACUCCAUUAGCUCAAACCAGCUUCCACCCAUGCAGCCAGGUAACGUCCCUCCCGGCGGUCCUCAGGAUAAGACACAGCCUGGCCCCCCCCUUAAGGAGGAACGUCCAGCUUCGGAGCAAGGUCCUACCGCUGUUGCUCCCAUAUCUGCGGAACCUGAGCGAGCCGCGAGAAAGAUGGAUGUCGAUGAAGACUACGACGAUAGCCCCGAGGAGGACAAGAAGACUGGCAUCGUCGCAAAUGGAUCUGGCCCUUCGUCAGGAUCUAGUGAUGCUAAGGCCACGUCACCGGCGAGUGCAGGGGUCAAUGGCACAUCUGGUACCGCUACUAAAACGGAGUAA